UUUUUUUAUUACAAGCACAGAUAUUUAAAAGGUUCUGAAAUUAUUUAUGUUUUUCUCCCUACCUCUAUUAAUGGUACGGUCUGAUUUACUGACGGUUGUUUGUUUACGGUUUUGCGCUGAUCCUUAAGUGAGAAUGAGUAUGCUCAGGCUUCAGAAGCGGUUGGCAUCCAAUGUCUUGCACUGUGGCAAAAAGAAAGUGUGGCUGGACCCAAAUGAGACCAAUGAAAUUGCCAACGCAAACUCCAGGCAGCAGAUUCGUAAGCUAGUGAAGGAUGGUCUGAUCAUUAAAAAGCCUGUAGCAGUUCACUCUCAUGCCCGCUGUCGCAAGAAUACUCUGGCUCGGAGGAAGGGCCGGCACACAGGCAUCGGUAAGAGGAAGGGAACAGCAAACGCUCGCAUGCCAGAGAAGCUGUGCUGGAUGAGACGGAUGCGAAUUCUGCGCCGGCUGCUCACGCGCUACAGGGAAGGAAAGAAGAUCGACAGACACAUGUACCAAAUACUGUAUAUGAAGGUAAAAGGAAAUGUGUUCAAGAAUAAGCGCAUAUUGAUGGAACAUAUUCACAAGCUCAAAGCUGACCAGGCUCGCAAGAAACUCCUUGCUCACCAAGCAGAAGCUCGUCGCUCAAAAACGAGAGAGGCCCGCAAAAGGCGAGAAGAACGACUCCAGGCCAAGAAAGAAGAGAUCACCAAGAACCUAUCCAAAGAAGACGAAACCAAAACCAAAAAAUAAUCUCGGUAUCACUUUUAUUCUACAUUUAUCUCUCUCUUAUAUAAAAUAAAUCGAUUAAAGUAAACACAUUUGGCAA